AUGAAGCUCUCAAUAGUGCGGAAUGGAGUGCGCGAUUUACUUUUCGGGGGACACGUGACAAUCACUCUGCAAAGCUGUUUCAAUGAUUCAUACAAAUACCUUGAAAUCAAUUUUGUAUACACUGCUGGAGCUACAACGGUCGCACUCUUGAGUAUAUAUCUGUCUUCGCUGUCUUUGUUGCUGAUGUCUCUAGCGUCUAAGCCGAUCUUGCCGUCAACGUUUUGUGUCAUCGAUGCUCUUUCGCUCCUUAAUGAGCAUGAUCUGGUGUAUAAUGGACUUGCUACUCUUAACGCUUCUGUAAUUCUUGUGCGUUCGGGUCCUUAUGUAUCUGCUGUUGGAAAACAAGAUAUCUUUGUAGCAGUUAUCAUCAUUCACCCCACUAAAGUUGCGCCCAAAUCAAGACUUCGUUCUCAUGUGCUUUUUUUUUGCUCGGCUACUAACUCGUCCGCAGAUACAAGUGAAGCUAUGAUGCUCAUUGCAUAG